CCCAUCGUGCGCGGCAGCCGAGCGGCGCAGGCCGGUUCCCUGACGUGGCUGCUGGAUGAGUUUGAGAACAUGUCGGUGUCUCGCUCCAACUCCCUGCGCAGGGACAGCCCCCCGCCGCCGCCCCAAGCGCCAGCACCAGCACCACAACGGGCUGCCCGCGGAGCGGCCCCCGGAGCCUGGGGAGCGGCCCACGGAGCGGCCCACGGAGCGGCCCCCGGAGCCUUGGGGAGCGGCCCCACGGAGCGGCCCACGGAGCGGCCCCCGGAGCCUGGGGAGCGGCCCACGGAGCGGCCCACGGAGCCCGGGGAGCAGCGCGCCGGCGGCCACCGGCCCACCGCGUCCUGCGGGGGACGUGCCGAGGCGCCACAGGGCCGGGCCCCCCCGAGAAGCGCCCCAAGUCCACGCGCCAGGGCAGCCCCCCGCGGCCGCCCCCGCGACAAGCGGGCCGCUGUCCGGGCCCGGCGCCCCCGCGCUGCGCCGCAGCCGCCGCAACGCGCCUUCCACACCUACCCCCGCGCCGACGCGCCGCCCGGCCGCGCCCAGCCCCCGGCCCACGCGGUCAGUGCCUGCGGCUCACGGGGCCGCGGCAGAGCACCGACCUGGCCGCCCUCAGGAGCCCACAUCCAACGGCGCCUCCUCCUCCUCCUCCUCCUCCCGGGCUCCUCCCGCCCCCUCCUCCUCCCAACAGCCCCGAUGUGCCUCAGCCCAGCGCCCCCCCCCAGCCCCCAGCGCCCCCCCAGCCCCGGCAUGCCCCCCCCUGGCCCCGCGGCGCCGUGCCGGGCGCGUUCCCCGCAGCGCGAGCCGCAGCGCGUGUCGCACGAGCAGUUCCGGGCGGCCCUGCAGAUGGUGGUGGAUCCAGGGGACCCCAGGAGCUACCUGGACAACUUCAUCAAGAUCGGGGAGGGCUCCACGGGCGUCGUGUGCAUCGCCACGGUCAGGAGCAGCGGCAAGCUGGUGGCCGUCAAGAAGAGAGGACUGAGGAAGCAGCAGCGGCGCGAGCUGCUCUUCAACGAGGUGGUGAUCAUGAGGGAUUACCAGCACGAGAACGUGGUGGAGAUGUACAACAGCUACCUGGUGGGGGAUGAGCUCUGGGUGGUGAUGGAGUUCCUGGAGGGCGGCGCUUUGACCGACAUCGUCACCCACACCAGGAUGAGCGAGGAGCAGAUGGCAGCCGUUUGCUCGGCCGUGCUCAGGGCGCUGUCGGUGCUGCACGCGCAGGGCGUCAUCCACCGCGACAUCAAGAGCGACUCCAUCCUGCUCACCCACGACGGCAGGGUGAAGCUCUCUGACUUCGGGUUCUGUGCCCAAGUGAACAAGGAGGUGCCACGCAGGAAGUCGCUGGUGGGGACCCCGUACUGGAUGGCACCAGAGCUCAUCUCCCGCCUGCCCUACGGCCCCGAGGUGGACAUCUGGUCCCUGGGCGUGAUGGUGAUCGAGAUGGUGGACGGGGAGCCGCCGUACUUCAACGAGCCGCCGCUCAAGGCCAUGAAGAUGAUCCGGGACAACCUGCCCCCCAAGCUGAAGAACGGGCACAAGGCAGCCCCUCCGCUCAAAGGCUUCCUGGACAGGCUGCUGGUGCGGGACCCGCUGCAGCGCGCCACGGCCGCCGAGCUGCUCAAGCACCCGUUCCUGGCCAAGGCCGGGCCGCCGUCCUGCAUCGUGCCCCUCAUGCGCCAGAACCGGGGGCGGUGA